AUGACUAUCAUCGAAUUAGCUCGCUUGUUCCUGCCACCACCGACAACUUCUGCCACCCCACAACUAUUGGCCAACCUGCCCGCCGUUACCCAAAUUAUCGAAGCUUCUUCUGGGUUGCCCACACGCUUCUUCUCGUCGCUGACGGACCCGCAUACAAUGUUUGUGAUUGGGGGUUGGCCGAGUGUGGAAGCUCACCGUGAUGGAUUCCAGGGAAGCGAGGAGCAGAAGCGCCUGUGGCCAUUGAUUGAUGGCUUGAUGGAUAUCCAGUGGAUGGAGUAUGUCGACGUGGGGAACGGGCGAGUGCCGGAGGCAGCAAGAGAGGGACGAAAGGGGUGGGUAUUGGGAGUGGCUUCCUGGAGGGUAGGAGUCCUAAAUCUGGAGCAGAGAACACGACUCCAAGAAAGGAAAAAAGAACACACACACGAGGGAGCUGGCAUACAUGAGGUAGUAUGGGCGUGGAACAUCAAGAAGGGCCAAGAGCAUGGGGAGGAAGAUGUUCUAGUGGAACUUGGGGGUUUCGAGGAGAGGAGUGCCGCAGAAAAGUGGGCGGGGAAUAUACAGGGGGUCAAGUCGGAUAGUUCAGAGAAAACACCGGAGGUGUUUUUGAUGGAAAGAACAAAACUUGCUACGGAGGAAUCGUAG